GACCCAACUGUGCAUUAGGUCGGCUCCGACUCCGACCCGCAGCCGGCCCUGCCCACAGACAUCGCCCCCUGCCACCGUCGGCGGCGGCGACUGACCCCCGUAGCAAGGCGCCACCGCCACGCUUCGCCCCUGUCGCGCCGCGCGGCCACUUUCUGCGGCUGCUCUACCCCAGGCGAAACCUCCCAUCUCGUCACGAUACCUCAAGUUUCUAGCUACCUGACUGUAUGCAGUAGGAACUACGAUGGAUGGGUCUGAGUCUAGUAGAGGUCGCAGCAAGCAGGAAGUUGAGGAAAAUGUUAAUACAAGGAGCAGUUGGAAGGAGGAACAUGAAAAUCAGGAGAAUGCAGAUAGCAGAAAGUAUUCUGACAGAUCCAGAAAACAUGGAUAUGAAUAUGAAGUUGGGCAUCAGGAUGAUGAUAGGAUGAUCACACCUUCAAAUGAUAGGAAUGAAUCAAUGAGGAACUCAGAUAGAAGCUCAGGCCUGGCCCGCAGUGCUGACGAAGACAUCUAUAAUGUGAGAAAGGACUCACGAUCACCCAAACUUCCAAGGAGAAGCCCUGAUGAUUCCAAGGAUAGGGACUAUGAUAGAAGGAGGGGAAGAGAGGACAAGAAUGAAUGGGAACCUUCAAGAAGAUUUAGCCCCGAUGCUUCUGCUAGGAGUUCCGAGAGGAGGGAGGGUAGCAGGGAGAAGCAACAACGGGACCAAGAGGAAAAGGCUUCAGUCAGGAGGACAGAUGAGGUUUAUGCUGAUGAAAGUGGUGGUUCUCUUAGGGUUGACACAAGAGAAGCCCAAAGGGAUGAUAAAUCAGACAGAGGGAGGGACAGAAGUUGGAAUGAGAAAGCCCGAGAUCUUGAAGGGUCUAAGGAUUAUGGUAGGAACAGUCAGUUGCGAGAUCCUAAGGAGGCAAAUGAUGCUGAAUGGAGAAAUGCACAGGAAAGGCUAGAUGGUGGGAAUUUCCAUGGCCGAGGUGGGUACCGGAGAGAUUCUAGGGGUAGAUCUGAAAGUGUUAGAGGUCCCUCAACCUAUGGGAAUCGAUAUGACAAUUCUGAUUCCAUAGAGAUUCGGCCUAAUAGUAAUCUUAAUUUUGGAAGGGAGGGCUCUGCUUCUGGGAGAAGAUUUGAAGUGGGAGCACAUCGGGAUUCAGUACCAGGAGGAACUGAUGAUAAAUCCACUGAUUAUCCUGAAUCAGAUCCAAGUGGCGGCACCAGCAUGGUUUCUUCAUUUCCUCAACAAGGUCCAAAAGGUGAUAGACCAUCUAGAGGAGGAAGGGGGAGGCCAAAUGGAAGGGAUUCUCAAAGAAUUGGAGUUCCAAUGCCAAUCAUGCCUCCUCCAUUUGGUCCUCUCGGCCUGCCACCAGGACCAAUGCAGCAUAUGGGACCAAAUAUUCCGCAUUCCCCAGGUCCUCCUCUUCUACCUGGCGUCUUCAUGCCGCCAUUUCCAGGACCUCUUGUGUGGCCUGGAGCACGAGGUGUUGAUGUGAAUAUGCUUUCUGUUCCUCCCAACCUUCCCAUGCCUCCUCCAGUUGCUGCUGAACAUAGGUUUACACCAAAUGUGGGAGCUGGUUCUGGUCAUAAUAUUCACUUAAAUCAAAUAGACACUGGGUUAGGUGCUCCAACAGAUGUAUCAGGAUUGGGUUACAAUCAUAUGGGCCCGCAAAGCCGUGACAUGCUCCAUGAUAAACCAGGUUGGACGCCACAUAGGAACAGUGGACCAAACAGAAAAGCUCCUUCAAGGGGUGAACAAAAUGAUUACUCACAGAACUUUGUGGACACUGGCAUGCGGCCUCAAAAUUUCAUUAGAGAACUGGAUCUUACAAGCGUAGCAGAGGACUAUCCAAAGUUGAGAGAACUCAUACAGAGGAAGGAUGAAAUCGUUGCGAAGUCAGCUUCACCGCCAAUGUAUUACAAGUGUGACCUGCGGGAACAUGUUCUUUCUCCAGAAUUUUUUGGUACCAAGUUCGAUGUUAUUCUUGUGGAUCCUCCAUGGGAGGAGUAUGCCCAUCGUGCACCAGGAAUCACAGAUCACAUAGAAUAUUGGAAUGCUGAGGAGAUUAUGAAUUUGAAGAUUGAGGCUAUUGCAGAUACACCCUCCUUUGUGUUCCUUUGGGUUGGCGAUGGUGUAGGCCUUGAACAGGGUCGUCAAUGUCUAAAGAAGUGGGGAUUUCGUAGGUGUGAGGAUGUUUGUUGGGUGAAAACGAACAAGAAAAAUGCAACACCAAGUCUGCGGCAUGACUCACAUACAUUGUUGCAGCAUUCAAAGGAGCAUUGCUUGAUGGGCAUAAAAGGAACAGUGCGUCGUAGCACGGAUGGUCACGUCAUCCAUGCAAAUAUUGACACAGAUAUAAUUAUAGCUGAAGAACCAACUGAUGGUUCAACAAAAAAGCCUGAGGACAUGUAUAGGAUCAUUGAGCAUUUUGCUCUUGGAAGGAGGCGGCUUGAACUCUUUGGCGAGGAUCAUAACAUCCGUCCAGGCUGGCUUACUCUUGGGAAAAAUUUAUCUUACUCGAACUUCAACAAAGAGACAUAUAUUAGGAAUUUUGCGGACAAGGAUGGAAAAGUAUGGCAAGGAGGUGGUGGUCGAAACCCUCCCCCAGAGGCUCCUCACCUUGUUGUGACAACUCCGGAGAUCGAAAGCCUGAGGCCCAAGUCACCCCCAGCAAAGAACUAGCAGCUGUGGUCAAUUUUGCAGAGCUGGCUACAUUUUUGAAACUGUAGCUUUAACGCUGUUGAAGGUCCAGCUGAGGCCUUGUGAAUUUUCCGUCCGCACAAUUAAAAUUUUUCCGACGGCUCAGUCUGGAGCAACUAUCUGUGAUGGAAAAUACGAUUCACUUUCUCCUAUUGGUGUUCUUUUAAUGCGUCCAAUACUUUUAUGCU